GAUAAAAUUUUAGUGCAUUCGAAAAACGACGGCUCUUUGAGCUAAACACACACGUAUCAGAAGUAUAAAUAAUUAAAGUGAUAUUAUAUUUUGUAAAAAUAAAAUAAAAAUAUUUUAAAAUAAUCAAAAUUAACGUCACCCGUAAAAAUUUAUUAAAAUAAAAUCUAACUAAACGUUUUGCAUUUAACAUUAUUAGUUUAUUUAUUGUUGCUGCUGUUGCUGUACAAUUUAACAACUGUUCCCUUUAAGAACAGGCUGUUUAUAUACCUCGAGACGUUUAUGUUAAUAAAAAAUCGCAUUUAAGGAGUUUUAUAUAAGAUUUUCAAAAAUGUCAAAAUACACAGGUAAAAAAUGCCGGCUGUUGUCUAUGAUGAUGUUGACAGGUUUCUUCUUUUUUGUCGAAAUCGUGGUCGGAUAUGUUACAAAUUCAAUGGCUUUAGUAGCUGACAGUUUUCACAUGUUAGGCGAUAUAGCCGCUUUGGUGAUAUCGUUUUUAUCAGUUAAGAUGUCCCCAAAAAAAUGGUCAAAAAAUACAUUUGGUUGGGCACGUGCAGAAGUAUUGGGAGCUUUAGUCAACGCAGUAUUUUUGGUUGCAUUAUGCUUUAGUAUUACGAUAGAGGCGGUUAAAAGAUUUAUAGAAGAAGAGACUAUACAUGAACCAGAAUUGUUGGUUACUGUAGGUGUAUUAGGUUUAGUUGUAAACGGUAUUGGCUUGUGUUUACUUUAUGAGCAUGGUGGUCAUCAUGGUCAUUCACAUGGUGGAGGCUUAAGACGAAAUCAUAGCAGACUUACCGAAUUAGCUAAUGUAGAUGAAGGUGAAAAUGGUGAUGAUUUCGUUUUCGAAAAAGAGAAGGAAAAACCAAUUAAAAAAUCCAGUCAUGGUCACAGUCACGAUCCCGGUUCCAUGAAUAUGCGUGGUGCAUUUUUACAUGUAUUAAGUGAUGCUUUGGGUAGUAUUAUUGUCGUUAUAAGUGCUUUGGUUGUUUGGUUGACCGAAUGGAAAUAUCGUUAUUAUAUGGAUCCUGCAUUGUCCAUUGUUUUAGUUUGUUUAAUAUUACAUUCAGUUUGGCCUUUGUUACGUGAAUCCGCAUUAAUUUUAUUACAAACUGUGCCAACACAUAUACAAGUUGAUGCUAUACAAAAACGUUUGUUGGAAAAAGUUGAUGGUGUUUUGGCAGUUCAUGAGUUUCAUGUCUGGCAAUUGGCUGGCGAUCGUAUUAUAGCUUCAGCUCACAUAAGAUGUCACAAUUUAUCUGAAUACAUGAAAAUUGCUGAAAAAGUUAAGGAAUUCUUUCACAAUGAAGGCAUACAUUCAACAACCAUACAACCUGAAUUUGAUAUGGAUGGGGCGUGUAUAGAAUCAGAGGGUACAUCCAGUCUUAAUAUGAGCAGCUCAGACUGUUGUGCAUUAGACUGUCCACCCUCAACUGAUAAUGGGUGUGUUAAAGCCACGUGUUGUCAAAACAAUAACAAGAAUCAAUUGCCCUCACCUACGAGUUCACCUUAUAUGUGUCGUCAACGCAAUUCGACUAGAAAUGCCAAUGAUGUUGAGUCCGGUUCAUUAUUAGAACCUGUAACGGGUGCAGGUGGUGGUUCGCUUGGUAGUACUGUCGGCAGUGGCGGAUCAACGGUUAAAGAGAGUAACGGAGAAGUAGUCUGACAACAUUCGUUCCAUGCAACACGUGGUAGUAUACCAGUAGUGGCUCAGGAAACCAACAACUUACAUACAACAUCUAUAAAUGCAAAAAAUACACAUCAUCAACAAAUACAAGAAAGAAUGAGAAAUAAGAA